AUGACUCAAAGUAACGAAUUCUCGAUUGAUUCGGAAGUUGGUGAUAAUUCGAACUAUUCUCAUCGACAAAGUAACCAAUCAAUAUCUUAUACAAUAUCAGAUAACGAUGUAAAUAAUGAUGAAAAUAGCAUUAACCCACCACCAAGUUACGAAGAAUCGAUAGUACAUUCAUUGAAUCAAUUUCAAUCGCCGAUCUCUUUAAACUCCCGACCUAUACAAGGGACAAACGAAAGACAACCGUUAUUGAAAAAUACGAGCGAAAGGAUAAAUGGUGACCCACUAAAUUCAAUGUACCAUUCAACGAUGGAUUCUCCUCAGAUCAAUGAGCUCAAUAUAUUGAGGGACGAUUUGACGGAUUUUAGAGUUCCAGAAGUCGAGUUUGAUUUGUUAGAGGAUGGAGUCAGUUCUUCGGAUUCGAGGUUGAAUAAAGAUUUGGGAUCACUAUUUGAAUUUUUCAUUGAACAUAAUGACAAACCGGAAAUGGCCAUAAUAAUUCAAGGAUAUCGUAUUCAUGGACAUGGAAAUGGUAAACAUAGGAAAAAUAUAGAAAUCAUGGAUUUCAGGUUCACAUUAGAUCUAACGGAAUAUGUUUCAUCGCACGGUGAAAUUCGUGCCGUUCCCACUGAGAAUACACCUAAUCGUAAUGUCAUACAAGCUUUAGAAGAGUAUCUUCAAAGAGAUAGCGUGUGGAAAGGUAUUGAGAUGAGAAAGGUAAUCAAUUGGGACUAUGAGACCAUAACAAAAGUCAUAGUAUCAACCAUCCGUCAGCAAGGGUAUCGGCGUCAAAUCAGGAUCUCAUACCCUAGUAGAAAUAACGUAGUCAGAGUAUGUGCCGAUGAUGGAGUGACAAGAUUCGCUAGGAACAAUGAUUGGAUGCAGAACAUUUGUUGUUUCUCCUUUCUUGGCGUUUUAUUUUGGCCAAUAAUGUGGCUGCACGAGAAAUCAUAUAAAAAUGAAUUAGUUAGCGAAUUCCAAAUGAACAUAUCGCCGAGAGAAUGGUUUCAAAGAAAUGUUGACAUUAUUGUUACGAAUGUCCGGUGGCUCUGA